AUGAAUUCAACACAUAAUUCUAGAGUGGAGCAGCUAAUAUUAGAAGAAGACCUUACCACAAUCGGUCGUCCUCAAACACCUUUGAAAACAAAGGCAUCUUCACCAUAUACUUUAAAAGCACCAGUUGAAAAUGAUGGAUUAUCAUGGCCAACACCUGGUGCAAGAGAACGUUCAAAAGAAUCUGCUGAAGCAGAAGAAGCUAGAAUAAAGAGAAUAUCAGAAGCGGUUUCCACCAUUUUAACAGAAUUGGGCGAAGAUCCAUCAAGAGAGGGACUAUUAGAUACCCCAAAGAGAUAUGCUAAAGCAAUGCUAUUCUUUACCAAAGGCUAUCAAACGAACAUCAUGGAUGAUGUGAUAAAUAAUGCUGUUUUUGAAGAAGAUCAUGAUGAAAUGGUUAUUGUUCGAGAUAUUGAAAUUUAUUCCUUGUGUGAACAUCAUUUAGUUCCAUUUUUUGGAAAAUGUCAUAUAGCUUAUGUACCUAAUAAAAAAGUUUUGGGUCUAAGUAAAUUGGCUAGAUUAGCCGAAAUGUAUUGCAGAAGAUUACAAGUGCAAGAAAGAUUAACGAAGCAAAUUGCCAUGGCAUUAAGUGAAAUUUUGAAGCCAAGAGGCGUUGCUGUUGUCAUUGAAGCAACACAUAUGUGUAUGGUUAGUAGAGGUGUACAGAAAAGUGGUUCAUCUACAAUUACAAGUUGUAUGUUGGGUUAUUUUAGAGAAAGUCAUAAGACAAGAGAGGAAUUUUUAACUUUAUUAAACAGGAAAAGUAGCUAUAGUUGA